UUGAGACCACAGUGCCUUCUUGUUGGGGUGUAAUAGCAACACUUAAUCACGCCAGACCCUCACAGAUUUAUUAGGGCUGUAAAUCUGGUGAAUUUUGGUACUGUGUUGACCCUCUUAUCGUGAAAUUAAAAAAAAUGUAAAGAAAUUAAAAGUUCACGAACCUCAGUGAGCGAUAAAGAAUUGUUCCGCGCUGAGAAUGAAUGGUGCAGAGCUGAGACUCCCACUACAUUUCGAAACAACCAAAUCUGGAGGAAAUUCUGAGCUCCUGAUGAACCUUCCAGUGCAAAUCCAGCUGGCGUCGCCAGCAUUCCAUGAAUGGAUUUCCAGGCGGAAAGAGAGCGUUCGACCGUGGAUGGUGUUCGUCAACACUCACAAUUUCAAGGUUCCCCAAAGCUUUCAGAGAUGGACGAACCGGGUAGUGAAAAAUGUGGAGCACUUUCAGUCCAAUUACAUGUUCAUCUUCAUCGGCCUUAUCAUCUAUUGUCUGAUAACUUCACCGCUGCUGUUCUUUGCCGUGUUCUUGUCUCUCGCCCUCUGCUACUUCCUCUCUCUGAGAAAUGUCGAGAAGAAAUUCAUCGUAGGGGGUCACGAAGUAGCGCUUGGUCACCAGUUCGCUGCCGUUGGGGUUCUCUCGCUACCUGUUUUUUAUAUGGCUGGAGCUGGAGCUGUCCUCUUCUGGGUAAUUGGGGCAACUUUCUUCGUCAUAGCCAUCCACGCUUCCUUCUAUAACAUUGAACGCAUACUUGGCUCCGAUGAAGAACCCUUUGAGGAUUUCGAACAUCCAAUACAGGAGGUAUAGGCCCACUGGAGCAGGUGACUGAGCUUCUUCAGCCAGGGGACGCUUGGACAGGAGCUAUGAAAAAAAAUUUUCUUUUUUCUUUUUGUGAGAGUUUUAUAGUUUUAUUUUGUAACACGCAUUAUUUAUAUGAGAUGUUUUCUGUUCUUCAUCCACUAUUUAUGUGCAACUCUUUUGUUUAACACUUGUAACUUGUUUAGGGGUAAAAUGUGAUGUUUACAA